UGAGGCUGUUAAAAUACAAAAACAAGUAGAGGGUGAGGCUGUUACCGUGAAAGAAGAGGAGGAAGACGCGUUCAGAGUGAAAGAGGAGGAGGAUGUUACUGUGAAAGAAGAGGAGGAGGAUGCAGUUUUUGGAAUAGAGGAUGAAGUGAAAGAAGAUGAAGACGUUUUUGGAAUGAAGGAUGAAGAGGGGGAGAUUACUGUCACAUUAGAGGAGGACGAAGAAGAGAAGACUGGAGAUCUGAUUAACACCAGUAAAUACAUAGAGAGACGUGACUAUCGUGGAUCCUCCGGGGAACCUCAGCAACAUCAUGAUGCUGACGAGGCAGAGAAAAGUCUCUCCAGAUCAGAACUCCUCAAGAAACACCAGCAGAGACCCACAGGAACGAAAUCUCACUGCUGCUCUGACUGUGGGAAAAUAUUAAACUCUUCAUCAAACCUUAAAAUACAUCAAAGAAUUCACACAGGAGAGAAACCUUAUAGCUGUGAUCAAUGUGGGAAGAGUUUUACUACAUCUAGCAAUCUAACUAUACACCAGAGAAUACACACAGGAGAGAAACCUUAUGGCUGUGAUCAAUGUGGGAAGAGUUUUACUACAUCUAGCUAUCUAACUAUACACCAGAGUACACACACAGGAGAGAAACCUUACGCCUGUGAUCAAUGUGGGAAGAGAUUUAUUCUGCUAGAAACCCUGAAAUCACACCAGAGAAUACAUUCUGGAGAGAAACCUUUUGGCUGUUAUCAAUGUGGGACAAGUUUUUCUCACUUAAGCAGCCUGAUAGGACACCAGCGGGGACACACAGGAGAAAAACCUUAUAGCUGUGAUCAAUGUGGAAAGAGUUUUACUACAUCUAGCAAUCUAACUAUACACCAGAGAACACACACAGGAGAGAAACCUUAUGGCUGUGAUCAAUGUGGGAAAAGUUUUACUACAUCUAGCAAUCUAACUAUACACCAGAGAACACACACAGGAGAGAAACCUUAUGGCUGUGAUCAAUGUGGGAAGAGUUUUACUACAUCUAGCAAACUAACUAUACACCAGAGAACACACACAGGAGAGAAAUAUUUUAGCUGUGAUCAAUGUGGGAAGAGUUUUGGUCAAUCUGGCCAACUGACUGUACACCAGAGAACACACACAGGACAGAAACCUUAUAGCUGUGAUCAAUGUGGGAAGAGUUUUGGUCAAUCUGGCCAACUGACUGUACACCAGAGAACACACACAGGACAGAAACCUUAUAGCUGUGAUCAAUGUGGGAAGAGAUACUCUAGUAAAAGAUCUCUGAUCAAACAUCAGAAAAUACAUGAAGGAGUUGUUUCAUGAUAUCAAUGAAAUAAUGUCACAAUGUAGAUUAUUUUAACAUUAUAUCAGUAGUAUUUUAAUGAAUGCCAACGUAGAACUCUAAAUUUUUGCCCCCUCAAUUGAUUUUAGCUUCAUGGAAACAAUCCAGGCUCUGAAUUGAAAGAGUUUUCACAAAUUGAACAAAAAGUGACUAACAAAAAAAGUGUUUGUUACACUUACCACGUUGGUGACCCACUGGAAUCUAAAUGCAACACUUCAAAAUGUAGCUAGCAGUUUACCACGUUGGUGACCGACUGAAAUCACAAUGUAGCUAGCAGUUUAUCACAUUGGUGACCCACUGGAAUCACAAUGAAACACUCAAAUGUUUAGGUUUUCAAUAUAUCACAAACUGUUUCUGCAUAGUGGUUAUUGAUUUGGACACGUUAAAACUGUGUUUUGACAUUGCGCUAUUCCAAUUUAGCAAAAUGUCAUUGAAAAGACGUUGAAAAUAAGACUAUGCCCGACGUCCAAUAUAUGUUCGGUUGUAGUUGAAAGUGAAAGUUGAAAAGAUGUAUUUUUGGGUAGAUUUUUCAAUGACUUGAAAACAACUUCAUUUCAACAUACUUGCAGACUAUACACAUGGACGCAGUGUAAUAAAUUGGUCUAUAAUCAAUUUUAUGAACAAUCCUACAUCACUCCAGUAUUUCUUUACAACAUUCAAGUGCUAAUUGUCUUUAUUCCACUACUGAAGAAGCAUGUCUCAAAUCACCUCAUUUCAAACAUUCAGCCUGACAACAGAUACAUGUUUAAUUAUUCCAUGUCUCACCAUCAAGUUCAUUAUUGCCAAUACAUAUUAACAAAGGGGUGUACAUUUGGUUUUGAUUUUCAUAUUUACAAUUUAUGUAACAUUUAGUAAUCAUAAUUAUUUAUGCAACCAGCUGACAAUUUUUGGGUACAAUUAUAUUGACAUUGUGCUUUUAAAAUAUCAGGGUUCCUUCUCAGAUGUGCCAACCCAAAUGUACUAGGGCAUGACAUUGGGGACUGGGCCCGAUCCAACAACAUGCCUAUCUCGUGAAUCCUGAAAAGGGAGAGAAGCUCUGCAGUGAGGUGGAAAGUUACUACGGAUAUUGCAGGAGUUUCCUCUUGAAAUCCGACAUGUCCGUGGUAAGGACAACUUGGUUGCUGAUUGUCUCAAGGGCGGGCAGUCAAAAAGAUUUGUGUUGGGACUCCCGGGUGGCGUAGUGGUUAAGCGACCGGUAGGUCCGUGGAGCGACGCACAAUUGGCCCAGCGUCGUCCGGGUUAGGGAGGGCUUGGCCGGUAGGGAUAUCCUUGACUCAUCGCGCACCAGCGACUCCAGUUGCAGGCCGGGCGCAGUGCGCGCUAACCAAGGUUGCCAGGUGCACGGUGUUUCCUCCGACACAUUGGUGCGGCUGGCUUCAGGGUUGGAUGCGCGCUGUGUUAAGAAGCAGUUCGGCUUGGUUGGGUUGUGUAUCGGAGGACGCAUGACUUUCAACCUUCGUCGCUCCCGAGCCCUUACGGGAGUUGUAGCGAUGAGACAAGAUAGUAGCUACUAAACAAUUGGAUACCACGAAAUUCGGGGGAAAAAGGGGUCAAAUAAAUUUAAAAAUUGUGUUUUGCGUUUAGGCAGUGAGUUGCAAUGGAUCACAGUUUAUUUUGACUGCACGUUUUUCCUGUAUUGGAGAUUAGUUAGUUGUUUGAGCUCGUUCCAAGGGGAGGAGUUCUAGAAGCUAGUGAGUUUUAGGAUUCUAUAGAAAGAAAAAGGAGAAAAAAAAUUAUAUGAUUGUAUAUUAUUAUUUAGAAAUGUUUUUUCUUCUUCUUGUUUUUAAUUGAUGACAGCC